UGUCCACAUCCCAAAUGUGAACCGGUCUAGACGCAAACGUAGAGUCUUCUUCUUCUCUUCUCUUCUUCUUCUCUCGUCUUCUUCAAGUAAAGCAACUAAAAUUUGAUUCAAUCUUCUCUUACUCCAAACUCUCACCACCAUGUUCCGCCUCAGAGCUCACGGCAAAAAACCCAUCACCAUCACCACCUCCACCACCACCACCGCCUCCACUUUCCUCUACUGGUCACCAGAAUCUUCCCCCACAACCCUAUCUUCUCCGACCAACAUGGAUCCAACCAUCUGGUCUAACUUACCAAAUCACCUCCUCGAACACAUCCUCUCUCUCCUCCCAUUCAAAACUCUCCUCACUCUCCGAUCAAUCUCACGCCAUCUCCGAUCUCUAAUCCUCUCUCCAUCUUUCAUCUCCGACCAUUCUUUCUCUCUUCCUUCUUUCCUCCUCCUCUCUCAUCCUCAAUCUUUCAACUCCUUCCCUCUCUUUAACCCUAAUCUCAUCUCCUGGUGCACGUUACCUCUCCCUCGCUCCCUCUCACUAACAAACGCCUCUUCUCUCCUCUCUUCCUCCAACGGCCUCCUCUGUUUCUCCAUCUCUCCUUCCUCUGUUUCUUCUCUCUCAAUCUUCAAUCCCUUAACAAGAUCCUCAAGAUCUAUCAAAUUACCGUGUUACCCUUUUCACUUUGAGCUUCUCUCUCUUGUUACAUCCCCUGACGGUUACAAAAUCUUCACUCUUUGCUCAUCUUCCUCCGCCGCUUCUUCAAGAUCAGUUUGUCUCUACGAUUCCGGUGACCGCUCAUGGAGAAAAUUCGGCGGUGUUGAUCAAGUUUUACCUCGUGGGUUUAAUCAAGAUGGAGUCUUUUACAAUGGGUCUCUCUAUUUCGCUAGAUCCGAGCCUUUUCUAAUCGUGAGCGUUGAUCUCAACGACGGAAAAUGGAACACAGCCACUGGAGACGGUGUUUUUCCGGCGGUUGAUGAGAUCACGUUUGCUAGAUUAGUAAGUGAUCCAGAAAAGAAUAUACUUUACAUGGUUGGAGGAAUUGGAAGCAAUGGGAUUUGUAGGAGUAUCAAGAUUUGGGAAUUUAAAGAAGAAACAGAGAGUUGGAUCGAAACUGAAACAUUACCGGACAUUGUUUGUAAGAAGUUUACUUCGGUUUGUUACCAUAACUACGAACAUGUGUAUUGUUUGUGGCAUAAGGAGAUGAUUUGUGUGUGUUGUUACAAUUGGCCUGAGAUUCUCUUUUUUCAUGUUGGGAGGAGGACAUGGCAUUGGGUUCCUAAGUGUCCUUCGUUGCCGGAGAAAUGGAGUUGUGGGUUUCGUUGGUUCUCUUUUGUCCCAAGCUUGUCUGCUUCUGUUUAGUUUAUAUGAUAUUUGUCUUCUUUAUUUUUGUUACAGUAUUUGUUAUUGUUUCUGUUCAAAUCUCCUAUCAAUGGUUUCGUUGGUAUCUCUUUGUGAAAUAAAAGAUUGGUACUAUU